UAUAAAAUGUGGAACUAGCAUGAAGAUUUUCCUGGUGGGUCAGGACCAACUUCUAACAUCUGCUUGAUCUUUGCCAACAGACUCAAGAAUGCUCAGAACUGUGCUCUGGAGGGGUUUAUUGUAAUUUUUCCAUGGCCAAAGGCAACCAUUCAGCUGUGACUGAGUUCAUCCUCUUGGGACUCACAGAUAACCCAGACCUUCAAGCCAUUCUCUUUAGUGUCUUCCUAGUGAUCUACUUAGUUAGUGUCAUAGAUAAUCUAGGCUUGAUUGUGCUAAUCCAAAUCAGUCCUCAGCUUCACACACCGAUGUAUAUGUUUCUGAAUCAUCUGGCCCUUGUAGAUUUUUCUCUUACUUCAACUGUCACCCCAAACACUUUAGUGAAUUUUUUGUGUGAAGUUAAAAGUAUAACAUUUUAUGCAUGUGCCACCCAGGUAUGUUGUUUUAUCACAUUUGUAGUUUGCGAACUCUACUUGCUUUCCAUCAUGGCAUAUGAUCGUUAUGUUGCCAUCUGCAACCCUUUACUCUAUGUCAUUCUCAUGCCUAGAAAACUCUGUACUCAACUGGUUGCUAGCACGUAUGUUUAUGGUUUUAUUGUGGGUCUUGUACAGACAGUGGUGACAUUCCGUUUGUCUUUUUGUGACUCCAAUAUGGUCAACCACUUUUACUGUGAUGAUGUUCCUUUGAUUGCUUUGGCCUGCUCUGACACCCAAGUCAAAGAGCCGAUGUUGUUAAUCAUUGCUGGGUUUAAUGCUCUUUGCUCUCUACUGAUUGUGUCAAUUUCUUAUGCUUUCAUUGUCUUAGCCAUCCUUAGGAUCCACUCUGUUGAAGGAAGACAGAAAGCCUUUUCCACCUGCGUGUCCCACCUGAUUUCCAUCACAACAUUUUAUGGAACCUUCAUUUUUAUGUACCUACAGCCCAAGCCAAGCCAUUUUCUGAACAGAGAUAAAUUUGCUUCAGUGUUUUAUGUAGUGGUGAUUCCCAUGCUAAACCCACUGAUCUAUAGCUUGAGAAACCAGGAGGUAAAAAACGCACUGAAGAGAAUUAUAGAAAAGUUGUGUUUGGCUGUAAGGUAAAUGAAAAGUCAUAUGACAGUAUCAGGAAAUUUAGAGUUAAGUCUUGUCAAGUGUCACAGUGCUGGUAAAUGACAAAGCCAAAUCCCGUAUUUCAAGUGCUCAAACCUAUGUUUUGGGGUAUAGCUCUAUAGACUCAAGGUGAGUCUCAUCCACUGUUUAUUCCCAAUGACUUCCACAUGAAAUGUAUUUUGUAAAUUUUGUUUGAGUUGUUGAAAGAAGAGAGAAAGGGAAAGGGAGAGAGACAGAGACAGAGAGAGAGAAAUCCAUUUUGGCCAUGAUAUUCUUCAUCAAUAAAGUAUUGUGAAAUACUUAUUUUAUCUUAAAUUCAUGUGAUAUUGAAAAAUUUGGUAUAUAGUAAAAUAGGUCAACAUCUCGUAUUUUAUAUUGCAAACCUGCUACAUAGAUAAUCUGGAAAACAUGCUGUCAUGGAUUGAACUGUGUCCCCUCAAAAAUAUGUGUCAACUUUGUUAGACCAUGAUUCCCCAUAUUGUGUGGUUGUCCUCCAUUUUGUGAUUGUAAUUUUAUGUUUAAGAGGAUUAAGGUGGAAUUAUAACACCAUUCUUACCCAGGUCCUGUCCUUGAGCCAAUGUAAAAGGCAGUUUCCCUAGGGUGUAGCCUGCACCAUCUUUUAUCUUAAAAGAAAUAAAAGGAAAGGAAAACAAGCAGAGAGUUGGGAACCUCAUACCACCCAGAAAGCAGCACCAGGAGAAGAGCACAUCCUUUGGACCUGAAGUUUCUGUGCUGAGAUGCUCCCAGACCAAGGGAAGACAGAUGACAUGGACCUUCUUCCAGAGCCAAUAAAGAAAGAAAGCCUUCCCCUGGAACUGACACCCUGAAUUAGAACUUUUGGCCUACCUUACUGUGAGGAAAUAAAUCUGGUGGUGUAGUGGUUAAGUGCUACAGCUGCUAAGCAAAAGGUUGGCAGUUUGAAUCCACCAGGCCCUUCUUGGAAACCCUAUGGGACAGCUCUACUUUGUCCUUAUAGGGUUGCUAUGAGUCGGAAUUUACUCGACGGCAAAGGGUUUGGUUUGUCUUUUUAUUUGUCAAAGCCGGCGUUUGUGGUAUUUCUGUUAUAGCAGCACUAGACAACUAAGAUACAUGCCAAAGUUUAAUAGCAGGAGUUUUGGGUUGGAACACUGUGGAUAAUUAUCCUGAAGCACUCUACUUUCUCUGCAUUCCACUGGGAAGGAUAAUGCUAUCAGAGUUACCAUGACAUCAAACAUUUAGUGGUACCAAAUAUGAAUCAGUUUAGAUCAUUGGAGCCACUUCAUGCCACUAUAAUUCACUGCCUGUUAUAUAUGCAUGUGUGGUUAGGCCUAUUGUAUAUAAGUGUAUGUGGGUAGGAACUUGGAUUCUUCAUUCAGUUUGGCUAACCAUUUUAGCCUUUCCAAUUAAUGUGAUAAGAGAGUCAGUUCACAUUUCUGUAUUUCAACUGCUUCAUCUGCAGAAGGCAGUAAGAGUUUCUUUUUCUCAGACUGACUGUAAGUAGAACGGUAACAUAGAGUUUCCAAGAAGCAGCUGGUGGAUUCAAACUUCAGACCUUUUGUGCUCUUCACUACUGUGCUACUGUCAUGGAAUGAGUUAUGUCCCCCCAGAAAUGCGUAUCAACUUGGUUAGGCCAUGAUUCCAUGAUUCCCAGCAUUGUAUGGUUGUCCUCCAUUUUGUGAUUGUAAUUUUAUGUUGAGAGGAUUAGGGUAGGAUUAUAACUCCACCCUCACUCAGGUCAGCUCCCUGAUCCAAGGUAAGGGAGCUCCCCUGGAGUGUGGCCUGCACCAACUUUUAUCUCUCAAGAGAUAAAAGGAAAGGGAAGCAAGCAGAGAGUUGGGGACCUCAUACCACCAAGAAAGCAGUACCAGGAGCAGAGUGUAUCCUUUGGACACAGGGUUCCUGCGCCUGAGCAGCUCCUUGAUCAGGGGAAGAUUGAAGACAAAGACCUUUCUCCAGAGCCUACAAAGAAAGAAAGCCUUCCCCUGGAGCUGACACCCUGAAUUUGGACUUGUAACCUACUAGACUGUAGAAAAUAAAUUUCUCUUUGUUAAAGCCAUCCACUUGUGGUAUUUCUGUUAUGGCAGCACUAGAUGACUAAGAAAGCCACUAAGGCUCUGAUUGUGAGGA